AUGAUUAGAGCUUUACGUCACAAAAUAAUUAAUUUAAUGACUCAACAACUAAAAAGGACAACUCCCGCACAUGAAGAUGAAAUAUCAAGUACAAUUGUGAAGAAAUUCAAACCCGAGACAACAAGUGUAUUACCACAAUCAACAUCAUUUGGAAUAUCUGAAGAAGAAGUUGGAAUAUUAAAAUUUAUUAAUAAUUCAACUGUAGGAUUUUCAGGAUUAUUAAAAACAUUACAUUGUGAUUUUCAAGUUUUUGAAAUUAAUUUAAAUGAUAAUGUUAUUCAUUUAAUUGAUGAAGGUAUUGAUGUUGGAAAAACUAAUAGAGAGAAAAAAAUAGAAGCUGCUAAAGAGAAACAAAAUCAAGAAGAAAAACCAACAACUCAAGUUGAAGAGUCAAAUCAAGAACUAAAAAAAUUUGAAUUAUCAUCUGAAAAUAAAGAAGAAUUAUUAAAAUAUAUAACGUCUGAUGAAUUAAAUGAAAUUGAAGAAUUAUUCAACAAUGGUAACAAUAUGGAAACGAAAACAUCUUUUGAUGUUAAAGAAACAAGAGGAAAACUUCAUCAAUUAUUUCGAGAGUCUUUCCAAAAUAAAUUAGAAACUGUCACUACACCAACAAAUACAUUUAAGAUAGCUAUAGCGAAAAACAAGGGCGGUGGGCAAAGAAGAGGCAACAACCAAAGCAAUCAAGAAAGUAUGCAUCAUGUAGAUGAAAAUGGAGUUAUAAAUUAUGGAGCUGGUCCAUUUAAACCUUUUUUACAUUUUACUGUUUUCAAACAAAAUAGAGAUACAAUGGACGUUUCAAAUAAUAUUGCAAAAAUGUUAAAAAUUCAACCAAAAAAUAUAAAUUAUUCAGGUACUAAAGAUAGAAGAGGUGUAACAUGUCAAAGAUUUAGUAUAAAUAAAGGUAAAGUUUUGAGAGUUAAUGCAUUAAAUAAAUUAAAAAAUUCAAAUUUUAAACUAGGUGAAUUUAAAUACGAAGAUCAACCUUUAAAAUUAGGUGAUUUAAAUGGUAACGAAUUUUUAAUUACUUUGAAGGAUGUUAAAAUAGCAAGUGGUGACAACUCUACAAAUAAUAUAAGAGAAGUAGUUGAUCAAUGUUUUAAAAGUUUUAAUGAAAAGGGAUUUAUAAAUUAUUUUGGAAUGCAAAGAUUUGGAUCAUUUUCUGUCGCAACUCAUGAAUUAGGUAAAGCUAUAUUACAAGAAAAUUGGGAAAAAGCUGUUGAAUUAUUAUUAUCAGAACAAGAAAUUUGUUCACCUGGUACAAUUGAGAUGAGAAAAAUUUGGAAAGAAACCAAGAAUCCAAAAGAUGCACUUUCAAAAUUACAAAGACAUUUUGUUGCUGAAAAUUCUAUUUUAAAAGUAUUAUCAAAUGAACCACAAGAUGAAAAUAAAAAUUUUAAAUCUCAUUCAUAUUUAAAAGCAUUAUUAGCUAUACCUAAAAAUUUAAGGAUGAUGUAUGUUCAUUCUUAUCAAUCAUAUGUUUGGAAUUUAGUAGCAUCCAAAAGAAUUGAAUUAUUUGGAUAUGAAAUUCAGGAAGGUGAUUUAGUAUUAAACAAUGAAGAAGAAGGAACAAAAAGCUUAAAAGAUGAUGAUGAAUUUGAAGAAGAUAUUGCAAAUUUUGAACCAAUUCCAGUUAAAGCAGUAACAAAAGAAGAUAUCGCAGAAGGUAAAUAUUCAAUAUUUGAUGUAAUUUUACCAAGUCCCGGAUAUAAAAUAACUUACCCUGAAAAUGAAAAAUUACAAAAUGUAUAUAUAGAUACAAUGUCAUUAGAUAAUCUAGAUCCAUUUAAAUUAAUUAGAAAAAAUAAAGAAUUUUCAUUAACUGGUGCAUAUCGAAAUUUAAUUUCAAAACCAAAAGAUAUAUCUUACAAGAUAAUAGAAUAUAAAAAUGAUCAAACUCCAUUAGUUCGUACAGAUCUUGAAAUCUUGGAUAUUUUAAAAUCAAAGGGAAUAAAUUCAACCACAGAUUCAGAAUUAAAUUUAAAAAAUUUUGAGAAAGAAGCUAAAAUAAGUAGAUUUAUUGAACAAGAUCUUAAUAAUGGUAAUGAUGAUGAAGAAAUAAAAUUAGCUGUUAUAUUGCAGAUGAAAUUAGGAGUUAGUUCAUAUGCUACAAUGGCUUUAAGAGAAUUUAUGAGACUUGAUACUUCAAGAUAUGCUCAUAUGAAGUAA